AUGAUUAUUUUCAAUUUUCUAUUGUAUGUUGAAACAGCACCAUCGCUUUCGAACCUAAAACUAAACUUGGAUGGCUACGAUAAUCGUCCACGGUACAACUGGCCAGCGAACGAGCAAGCAACAAACAGCGACAGAAUCAGACUCGAACUGAUUGAAAAGGCGAUAGAUUUACUAAAUACACAAACACAAGACACGAAACGAAACGACAUCAACAACUGCCUUUAUAAACGUGACAGUUUGAUGAAUAUACUCAAUUGUGUCAAAUAUUUUGUCGACAAAAGCAAAGAGAGACGAAGCCAGAACCAUUUCCCGAAGAAUAACAAACAUUAUCAAUAUAAUAUAAAGAAAGAUUUUAAUGAAUACGACUCGGACGAAACGGAUCUAACUAAAACGUAUCUCAACAAAUCAUUUAACGGUCGAAGCAAUUUCUCACAAGAUUACUUGGACGUUGCAGAUCUAUUGCGAACGAACGCUGAUACUAAAGACGACAAAACGAAGAAUAGGUACGUUCCCAAAAGUGUGAAAACGAAAAAUAAAUACGGUAGAUUCGAUUACGAUUUAUCUAGAUUCAGAAAGUAUAAUCCGAGUCGUGAAGUUAGGAAAAGUCGGUCUGACUCGAAUUCCGACUACAGUGCGUCUAGUGGGUCACAGGAAGUCGAUCGAAAGCGAAAAGGGAUGCAGCGUGAUCACAAGACAGCUGAUAAAUCAUUUGACGUAGACAGCAGCGCAGAAAUAAGUUCUGAAGAAAUGCAAAUUCAAAAAGUAAAACCUAAAAAAUUAAAGAAAGCCAUUCCCAAAGUGAAGAAAGCCCAAGUUCUAUACAUGCAAGGUCCGUCGAGAUUGUACCAAGAAGACAGUCGGAGAAGGUUACCGUACUUUUUUCCGAAAAGACUUCACUGGGACGAAAACGAUAUAAAGAGCCUGAGGAAUUACUGGAUUAAUGGACCGCAAGGUAAAUAUUCGGGUUAUCGGAUACCUUAUUAA